UCUACCACUGGCCGCGGGUCUUCAAGAUGCUUCACAAGCUCUUCGGCUACUUCUUUACGAAUCCACUAGUUGAAAUGACCAAGUACGCGGCCGAGAUCAUCAAAUUCCGUCAUCAAAAUCCUCAGGUGGACGUGCCCGACAUGGCGCAACUACUACUGGACGACGCGCUUGGCAAGAGCAACUCGGAAACGAAAAAGAACGAAGUCCCUCAGACAAAUGCCGUACCAUUGUCCCAGGAGAAAUUGUACGAGCUCAGCACCAACUGUAUGGACGUUUUCCUCGGAGGCUACGACACCACGAGGCUGGCGUUGACGUACUGGUUUUACCUGAUGGGCAAACACCCCGACAUCCAGGAGAGAAUGAGAAACGAAGUACUCGAAGCUUUCAAGAAAGAGGGCGACGAACUCUCCGUUCCGACACUCACGGGGCUGACGUACACGAACCAAGUGCUGUCCGAGACGCUACGCAUGUAUCCACCCAUCAUCACGUUCACCACACGUUGCGCGGGUGAAGAUUACCGGUACGGCAAGUACCUAAUCAAGAAAGGAACUUCUGUCAUGGUGCCCACGUAUCAGCUGCAUCACGACCCGUUGUACUGGACGGACCCAGAAAAGUUUGACCCUGACAGGUUUGGCCCCGAGAACAAGCAUCUCAUCAAACCGGGCGUGUACCAGCCGUUUGGCCUCGGCAUUCGCGUGUGCAUCGGCCAGCGUCUGGCCCUUCUCGAAAUGGCAUCGGUCACGUCGCAGGUGUUGCGCCGAUUUCGGAUAACACACGGCCCCAGUCAAAAGCCUGACUUGGAACUCAUCACGUACGCAUUUCUGCUGGCACCAAAGGACGAAGUUUGGGUUCAGCUACACAAAUUAGAGGGUGUAAAAUAAAGCUCUACAUUCUAGUCAACCCUU